ACAUCCCAAAUGAAGACCUCUGCAUUUUUCGCCCUCGUCGUCGCUGCAGUCGGCACCCUCGCUGCAUCGGUCGCGCUGGAGGAAGCACGAGACGCGCCUGUGGAGAAACGCGCCAACUGCGGAAGCACAAUCACGCCCAUCUAUCGCGCGUACAGCGCGUCUGUCCAAGACCACUUCUACACAACGAAAGCGAGCGAUGCGACCGGCGCGUCGGGCUACACCACGGAGGGUGUUGCUGCUGCGGUCUUCGGCACGCAGCAGGGCGACACGCUGCCGCUGUACCGGAUGUACUCCUCUGCUGCAAAGGACCACUUCUACACCACCGACCCUGUCGAGCGGGACUACUUCCGGACGAACAACGGCUACGUGCUCGAGGGCAACGCCGCGUUCGUCUACACGACCCAGAUCUGCGACUCGAUCCCGCUCUAUCGGCUGUAUGCUGCAAACGUCAAGGACCACCUUUACACGACCUCACGCUACGAGCGCGACUCCGCGCUCGCGCUCGGGUUUUUGGACCAGGGCAUCGCCGCGUACGUCCCCGGCCCGGGGGUCAUCAACGCAGACAUCCCGUGGUCGACUUGUAACGCACACUGA